AUGAUUUCUGUUCUUGUUAAUGGUAGCCCUUGUGGUUUUUUUGGUGUUGGAAGGGGGUUAAGACAAGGUGAUCCAUUAUCAUCCAUCUUAUUCAUUCUUGCAGAGGAAGUUCUUAGUAGAAAUUUAUCAAAAAUGGUGAAGGAAGGCAAAGUGCAAGCAAUGGUGACUAGAGUGAACAAAAACAAAAGCAAAUAUUUUGUUGGUGGAGUUUCAAAUGCAAGAAAAACUGAUAUAGUUGAAUAUUUGAAAAUGGGAUUAUCUGAGUUACCUGAUGCUUACUUGGGGGUUAUCUUAAAUCCUGGGAGAGUAAAGUCAUAUCAAGUUUGGGGGAUGGUGGAAUUAAUACAGAAGAUGUUGGCUGGAUGGAUGGGACAUUUAUUGGCCUUCUCUGCAAGAUUAACUUUGGUUAAACAUGUAUUAUGCAGCAUUCCCAUAUAUAAUAUGGCUGUCUACAAAUGGCCCAAAGCUGUUAUAAAAGAAUGUGAGAAAAUUACCAGAAAUUUCAUAUGGUCUGGAGAUCCUUCAGUUAAAAAAUUAGUGACUGUUAAAUGGAAUGAAGUAAAUGCUCCAUUAAUUGAAGGUGGUUUGGGUUUAAGAAGAUUGGAGGUAAUGAAUAAGGACUUAAUUAAUGAAACUCUUGUGGAAGAUUGA